AUUUUGGUAGUUUGUUUUCGUCCACGCCCAGCUUGGUCUCUGUCUCUAUCAGGAGCAACAAACAACUCUUCCUUCUCUCUCUCUCUCUCUCUCUCUCUCUCUCUAAUCCAACCAACAUCAACAUACAAAACCAACACUUCUCAGUUCUCUCUCUAGGGUUUGCAGCUUCGACACACCAACACUCACUCAGCUUCUCAUUGUGAUCGCGCGAACCACUGGUUGCUAAUUCUCGGUGAGGUAGAAGGAUUAUAUAGGUAGUAGUUGGAGGUUAUUUGAAUUAUAUUGUGGCGGCGGGCGAAUGUUUCUUGCCGCUGCUAAAUGAUACUUGCUGUGGACUUGAAUGCCUUGCCUGUGCCGGAGGAAGAUGAAGAUUCUAUUGAGGGCCAUGUUCAAGAGCCAAUAGAAACUGCAUUAGAUAUAGUACAAGAAUGUGAAGAAAGUAAGAGACGAUUGAAGAGAGAACGUUCAGAUUACAGACCUGUGCAAGCAUCACAGUCACCUGGACAUGAUCAGCCAUUCCAUUCAAAGAUCCAUAAAUCCUAUGAUAGAAGUAAGCUUCCCCCAGGUUGGUUGGAUUGCCCUCCAUUUGGCCUGGAAAUUUUUUGCAUGAUACCUUCUAAGGUUCCUCUUGGUGAAUCAUUCAAUGAAUAUAUUGUUCCUGGUAAAAGAUACUCAUUUAAACAAGUGAUACAUCAACAGAGAGUUUUAGGGAGAAAACUUGGUCUGGUGAUUGAUUUGACGAAUACUUCUAGAUACUAUCCAGUAUCAGAUCUAAAGAAAGAGGGUAUCAAACAUGUUAAGAUUCAAUGCAAGGGCCGCGGUUCUGUACCUGAUAAUUUAUCUGUUAAUCAUUUUGUCUAUGAGGUUACCCAAUUUCUGUCGCGUCAAAAACUGUCAAAAAAGUUUAUACUUGUUCAUUGUACACAUGGUCACAAUCGAACAGGAUACAUGAUCAUUCAUUAUCUAAUGCGCACAAUGUCAAUAUCGGUUACUCAGGCAAUAAAAAUAUUUUCUGAUGCACGCCCUCCUGGAAUCUAUAAACCAGAGUAUAUUGAUUCCUUAUACACAUUUUAUCAUGAAAAAAGGCCUGAAAUGAUAGUUUGUCCUCCUACCCCGGAGUGGAAGAGAACUCUUGAACGUGUUGAUCUCAAUGGUGAAGCAGUUCCAGAUGAUGAUAAUGAUGAUGAUGAUGAUUAUGAUGGAAUGGCGGCCUCUCCUUUGCAUGAGAACCAUGAGGCCGACACAAUAAUGACAAAUGAUGAUGUUUUGGGAGAUGAGAUACCUACUGAUCAGCAAGAUGCAUUUCGACAGUUUUGCUUUAAAACGCUUAAAUUGGGUGUUGGGGCUAGAGGACAAAUGCAUUUUCCUGGGUCGCACCCUGUUUCUCUAAACAGGGAUAAUUUACAGCUGUUACGACAGCGUUAUUAUUAUGCUACGUGGAAAGCCGAUGGAACAAGAUAUAUGAUGCUCAUAACUAUGGAUGGAUGUUACUUGAUUGAUAGAAACUUUAAUUUUCGAAGGGUCCAAAUGAGGUUUCCUUGCAGGGUUAAAAAUGAUGGCUUGCCAGAGAAAACUCACCACUUCACAUUACUUGAUGGGGAGAUGAUUAUUGAUACAGUACCAGAUUCAAGAAAGCAGGAAAGGAGAUACCUCAUUUAUGAUCUGAUGGCAGUCAACCGUGCAUCAGUAAUAGAGCGACCUUUCUACGAACGGUGGAAGAUGCUAGAGAAGGAAGUAAUUGACCCCAGGAAUCAGGAACGGUUCCAGAGCAAAAAUGCAUAUUACAGAUAUGACAUGGAGCCCUUCAGGGUGAGGAGGAAAGAUUUUUGGCUGCUCUCUACUGUCACAAAACUUCUAAAAGAAUUCAUUCCGAAACUCUCACAUGAUGCGGAUGGUCUUGUAUUUCAGGGUUGGGACGAUCCUUAUAUACCACGCACUCAUGAAGGCCUCUUAAAGUGGAAGUAUGCUGAUCUGAAUUCAGUUGAUUUUCUUUUUGAGAUUGUCGAUGGUCGUCAACUACUUUUUCUCUAUGAACGAGGAAAAAGGAAACUCAUGGAAGGGUGUGGGGUUGCAUUCGAAGAAGGUUCAGACCCCUUGCUGUAUUCUGAAAAGAUCAUAGAGUGUUCUUGGGAUUCUGACAAACAGAAAUGGAUAUUCAAACGAGUCAGAACAGAUAAGUCAACUCCAAAUGACUUUAAUACAUACAAGAAGGUGAUGCAAAGUAUAAAAGACAAUAUCACAGAGGAUAUCCUGUUGAAUGAAAUAAACGAGAUAAUUCGCCUUCCCAUGUAUGCUGACAGGAUAAAAAUUGACAGCAAAGCCACUAAUAUGAAGCGAAGGUAAAUCAGAGGCUAUGAUAUUUUCACUGGUGAGAGGAUUGGAUGAUGUUGAAAGUGUAUAACAUCAGGUGAAAACAGGAUCAAAUGUAUCCACCGAUGUCUGCCUGUGGCCUUCUAUGGUUAUUUAUUCAGAUGUAGAGUUAGGUUUAGAAUCUCAAUGUAUAUUAUCUUAUUAGUUUUCAUUUUUAAGUAGUGAUUAUAAGCUGUUCAAAGGGUAGUUAGUAUCUUAAAGUCAAGUUCCAUUGACUUUCCCUUAUGUGAAUAUUAGAUUUGGAAAUACUAACGAGCAUUAAUGUAGAAGUUAUUCUUCAUUUUA